AUGCCAAAGGCGAAGAAAGGGAUGCUGGAUUUCGCGAUAUGCCGGCAGGAUGUCGAGAGGGAACUGUCGAGGGAUGGCAGCCAGUACAGCAUUUCCAACGCCAUCCUUCCGGCUCUCGGGGCAAGGAGCAACCGUCGGGUGAAGCUUCGGCGAUUCAUUAUAUCCCCUCAUGACAUCCGAUAUAGGUGAGGCUCCGUCUCUGUUCCUGAGGAGAAUUUCAGAAUUUCUUCACCUCAAGUGUAUUCGGAUUUCCUCGUUCUAUCAUAGACUCAUAUGACUCUAGGAUUUUUGUAAAAGAAUGCAUUAAAAUUAAUUUUAUGCUCGUUUUAUUUUUAUUUUUCCUCUGUCUAGGUUUUUCUUCCUUUUUACACAUUUUCUGAAAGGGAGCGUUGUUUUUCUUGGUCUGUCAAUCGAUUGAACAUGAAAAUUAUUCGGCCAUAAAUUUUUCUAGUCAGUUUCCGGCAGCAAGAUGCUCUUGGCUUAACUUGUUGAUCUGUGUAGUGAAUUUGUCUUUACUGUUUAAUCAGCAAAAUGUUAUUCGUGCUGAAUCUAGUCCGUGAAAAAUAAAAUAAAUUUAUUCAAGAAAAUUACUCUGAUCCUCCCUAUUUAUAUUAUUUCAUCUCUACUAUUUGCUGUUCCCUGAAAGAAAUUGGAAAAAAAGGUCAUUUUUCUGCGGAAAUCUAAUACUGUUCAUCAUCAUUCACUAGAUCCUGGGAGACUUUCCUGAUCCUGCUGGUCAUUUACACUGCUUGGGUAUCUCCAUUUGAGUUCGGAUUCCUCGAGCACCCAACGGGCGGGCUGGCCAUCGCCGACAACGUCGUCAAUGGGUUCUUUGCCAUUGAUAUUGUCUUGACCUUCUUCGUGGCCUACCUAGACAAGGCCACCUAUCUCCUGAUAGACGAGCCAAAGGAGAUCGCUAAGAGGUAUGCGACCACAUGGCUUCUUCUGGAUGUUAUCUCCACCAUCCCAUCAGAGCUCGCCCGGAAGGCCAUGUCUCGUAAGCUCAGGUCUUAUGGGUUCUUCAACAUGCUUCGUCUGUGGCGGCUUCGGAGAGUCAGCGCCCUCUUUGCUAGGUAAGAAUGGCUCUCUGUUAAAAUCGCUCUCGUUUUGAUUUUUCUCUUUGGACAAUUGGAUCAUUCAUUUUUUGGGGGGUUGAAUUUUAUUUUUAAAUCAAUUUAUAAUCACUCGUUGACCUGGCCUUUUAUAUUUCAUAGUUCACUCUCUGCGUUGUGAUUCUCGCUUUCAUUUCUUAAUCAGACAAUCAUUUCUACCAUGAAUGGAUUAGUUCUAGCUAUAGCUUUCUUGUAAGUUCAUGUUUUAAACGUCGGGCUGGUCUCAGUCAUUAUUUAUUUACUAUCUUUCACCGAUCAUUUCAAGAAUCUUAUGCUCUAUUCAGAUCGCUUUCUUGAUCCUCUGAUCGAUCAGGCGAUAACAUCUCCCCUUAAUGAAUCAGACCCUUUCUGUAGUGGUUUCGGAUGUUGGUAAUUGUUUUUCAUGAAUCUUCAUCUCGGACUAAAUUUUAUCCACGUACUUCGAAAGUUUUUAAUUAUUCAUAUGACUUCUCAUGUGGGUCUGCAGAUUGGAGAAGGAUAGGAAUUUCAACUAUUUUUGGAUCAGAUGUGUGAAGCUCGUUUGUGUAAGGUUCUCCCAAGAUUAUAAGUUUUAUUUCUUCCAUUUCUUUCUUCAUGAACCGUCCUGAGUCUGCUUUGAACGACAACAUAGGUGACCCUGUUUGCCGUCCACUGUGCUGGAUGCUUCUACUAUCUUAUAGCUGCGAGGAACCACAACCCCAGCAAGACAUGGAUUGGAAUUGCAAUCGAGAACUUUCUAGAGACCAGUCUGUGGAUCCGCUAUGUGACAGCGAUGUACUGGUCGAUCACCACCCUCACCACCGUGGGCUAUGGUGAUCUCCACCCUGUAAACACGGGGGAGAUGGUCUUCGACAUCUUCUACAUGCUGUUCAACCUCGGGUUGACCUCUUAUCUGAUCGGGAAUAUGACCAACUUGGUCGUGCAUGGGACCAGCCGGACCAGAAAAUUCGUGGGUUCUCCUGACCUUCUCACUCCUCCUCAAGAUUCUUUGGAAAAGCCCGUGUUUUUUUCUCCAAAUUUUAUUAAAUUCUUCGAUCACCCAUUUGACUUUCCGUCAUGAUCUUUGCACCCUUUUGGAUUUUUCUCCUUCGACUAUGUGAGCAACUCUCUGUUUAUUCUGGGGAUUUCAGAGGGAUACCAUUCAAGCAGCCUCGAGCUUUGCACAAAGGAACCAGCUUCCUAUUCGUCUGCAAGAUCAGAUGCUUGCCCACUUGUGCUUGAAGUUCAGAACCGACUCAGAAGGGCUGCAGCAGCAGGAGACCCUGGACGCGCUCCCGAAGGCCAUCCGGUCCAGCAUCUCCCACUUUCUCUUCUAUUCCCUCGUCGACAGUGUCUAUCUCUUCCGAGGAGUCUCAAAUGAUCUCCUCUUCCAGUUGGUGAGCUCUCACAAUAAAUGCUUCUGAAAACUUUAGCAGUAGAUUUUACCAGGCUAUCUUCUGAAUCCGAGAGACUCGUUCAAGGUUUCUGAGAUGAGAGCCGAAUACUUCCCCCCCAAAGAGGACGUAAUCCUGCAGAACGAGGCUCCUACGGAUUUCUACAUCCUCGUGUCCGGCGCCGUGGUGAGGAAAUAUUUUCUCAUUUCUCUAAAGUUUUUCGUACUCGAAUGUAUCAUUUCCACGAUAAUACUCGAAUGUUCUGAAAGCUUGUCUGAUCCUCGUCAUGGCUUCUCCGCAGGAUCUGGUUGACGACAGGAGUGGGGCCGAACAGGCAAGUAGAACAUUAGAUAGAAAUCAUGAUAUGGUUAUGCUGCAUUCUCUGACAUAUGCAAGCUCGGUUGCAGAUGGUUAGGGAAGCUAAGAAGGGCGAUAUCUUCGGGGAGAUCGGAGUUCUCUGCUACAGGCCGCAGCCUCUCACCGUCCGAACGAAACGCCUGUCCCAGCUCCUGCGCUUGAACCGGACGUCCUUCCUCAAUAUCGUCCAGGCUAACGUCGGGGAUGGAACUAUAAUCAUGAAUAACCUUCUUCAGGUUCAUGCACGACCCAUUUUUGGCCGAGAUUUCAGUCAACUCUUCUGCUCGAGAGAUGAUUAAUACUCCAUGUCUGUGUUCUUUCAGUACCUGAAGGCGCAGACGGACCCGCUCAUGCAGGAUAUUCUGCGGGAGACGGAGAACAUGCUGACCCGGGGCCGGCUGGAGCUGCCUCUCACUCUAUGUUUCGCCGCCAUUAGAGGAGACGACAGCUUGAUGCAGCAGCUUCUCCGGCGCGGCCUCGAUCCGAAUGAAGCCGACAACAACCGCCGCACGGCCCUGGUCGGAAAGCCCAUCAUCAUCAUUCUUCUCCCAUUUAUUUUGCCAUGGUUUCUCGCCGUAGUGCUGAGGAUUAUCUUCUCUCCUGAUCAUUAUCAGCAUAUAGCGGCUUCGAAAGGGAGCGAGAGCUGCGUUCAUCUCCUUCUGGACUACGGCGCCAAUCCCAACAGCAGAGGUGCGAAGAAUGAUGCUCUCGAACGAUCUAUUUUCUUGAAUUAUUGUCGAAAUUUCUGCUGUCCUGAAUCUGCCGGUUCUUUCCUGUUGCAGAUUCGGACGGGAGUGUUCCUCUGUGGGAGGCGAUUCUGGGGAAGCAUGAGGGCGUGAUCAAGAUCCUGAUGGACAACGGCGCUGACCUCGGCUCCGAGGAUGUCGGAAAUUUCUCGUGCAUGGCGGCGGAGCAGAACAGCCUCGAGCUCCUGCAGGAGAUCGUACGGUACGGCGGCGACGUCACUCUCCCCAGAGUCAACGGCUCCACGGCCCUCCACCAGGCCGUCUGCGAGGGGAACGCAGAGGCGGUGAGGUUCUUGCUCGACCAGGGCGCUGACCCGGACAGGCACGACGUCAACGGGUGGACCCCGAGGGAGCUCGCUGACCAGCAGAGCCACGAAGAGAUCAAGGCCCUCUUCGAAGAGAGGAAGACCGGCGGCGAUAAGCCCGCCGGCGCCGGUGCCGCCGUCCAAGAGCAUGGCGUCAGGUUCGUCGGAAUGUUCAAGAGCGAGCCGUCCAUCCGCGUCGUGGGGAACGACGGCGCUCCCAUGGGGGGGGAAGAAUCGUGGAGGAGGAUUCAGCGGAGGAGGAAGACGAACAACUUCCACAACUCGCUGUUCGGGAUAAUGUCGGCGGCGCAGGAGGGCGAGAAGCGCGGCGGCGCCGCGGCGGCCCCGAGGACUUCCUUAUCCGGCGACGACAGACUCCCCCAAAUGCGACCCCCGAGGGUGACGAUCAGCUGCCCGCAGGCGGUCGACUCCCCCAACAAGCUCGUGCUGCUGCCUGGUUCUCUCAGGGAGCUUCUGGAUCUGGGGAUGAAGAAAUUUGGGGUGGCUCCGACCAGGGUUCUUACCGAGGAGGGAGCCGAGAUCGACGACGUGGGCCUGAUUCGUGAUGGAGAUCGUCUCGUGCUGCAGCGGCAAGAAGAAGAAGAAGAAGAAGGCGCUUCUCUCUCUUAG